GCCUCUCUGUGGGACUCGGGACCGGCACACCAUGGAUUUACUCCAGCUCAACCGCGAGUGUCUCCUGCACCUUUUCUCCUUCCUGGAUAAGGACAGCCGCAGGAGUUUGUCUCUUACCUGCACGCCGCUGCGGGAUGUCUUCCUCGACGCCCGCCUGUGGAAUGUUCUCCACUUCAGCUCGCUCUCUCAGCUGAGGGGCAACAACUUUGUGCUGGGGCCCUCUUUGCGUCAUCUGUCCAUCUGCUGGCACUCCAGCAGGGUGCUGCAGGUGUGCAAUAUCGAGGACUGGUUGAAGAGCUCCUUCCAGAGGGACAUCUGCAGCAAGCACGACAAACUGGUCAGCAUCUUCCUGGCUCGCGUCUGCCACAUGUGCCCUAACCUGCUAUCCUUGAAGCUAUCUGGCUGCGGACACCUAAGUGAUCAGGACGUGAUCAUCUUGCUGCAGAGGUGCAGGAAGCUGCGUCGCCUCCAUCUGGAGAACUGCGUUCGCAUUACAGACCGCAUCCUGGACGGGGUGGCGGCUUACGGCGUGAGCCUGGGGGAGGUCAAGGUAGACUUUUGCAGGAACAUCACGCAAGAAGGGCUCGAGGUUGUGCGAGAGCAGAGGCCCGACCUGAGGCUGAGUGCGGAGAGAAGCGCAGGCAUGAUCCCAGAUAGUAAGCCCGAGGAGAAGGUGCCGCUCAGGAGAACCUUGCAGAAACUCUUGGAAAUCUCCGGAUAGAAGAGCCGGUUUUCCAAGGACUAUAAAUUGUUUAUUCGCUGCGUGUUUU